GGGAGGACGUACGACCAAAUUUAAUAUAGUAGAGAAAAUUCUCGUGGUGCCUCCUCUCAUUUUCGAUGUGGUCCUCUCUCCUGCGGUUGAGGAGCGCCCAGUUCACCUGUCUCCUUCCUUCUUCCCUCCUCAGUCCUCCCUGGCUCCCCUCUCUCCUUCCCUGACGGCUCCAAGAAGUCGGAAGCACACCUGAGGGAUGACUCUCUAAUAUAUAUUAUGAUUUUGGAAUGAUGGGUGAAAUAAAAUCAUUCACUCGAGAGAGAUUACUCUCCCUUUUCUAUUCUGUGUACGAGAAGGAUGCAAACAAGGUUAUGAAAGCUCUAAUUGAUCUGGAAGCUCACCAGCCAACAGGAGGUUUCUCACCGGUUAGGAGGCCCAUAAAAUUUUUCUUGGACAAUCUGCUGAGCCAGACAGCAGAUCAACAACAAACUCUGGCUGCUAUUGGAGAGGCAUUGGAUACACAUUAGAUCCAGAUUUUUCAUUUGUCAAAGUCAUGGCACCAUACGCACAGGUUAGCAUUCUUUGUAUAUCCUGAUUCCCCCUCUUUCUUUUUUUCUCGAACACGCAGGAGAGCUACAUAUCAUUGUAUUAAAGAGAAAGAAAGGUCCGCCCAAACACAAAUGCACCCCCGAAAGCAGGUGCAAACACUCCCACACUCUUAGCUAUCUAGAUUAAUAAUCUCAACAUGGAAAGAAGAACACGACCAAAAAAACAAAAACUCUAAACUGGCCACAAGUCCCGAAGGCUCCUAGCACCCGCCAAACACCACAGAUUCACACUCUCCAAGAUAUUUUGUAAAAUGUCUUGGGUUCGUGGUGAAACUCCAUUGAAAAUUCAAGCGUUGCAUUGCUUCCAUAGCCAUCAAGCCACAAGAAUCACCAGAGAAUUGAAACCUUUUCGCGGAGACUGGAGAGCAUUGGGACUCAGAGAACAUAAAGGCUCCCAAUCUUGCAUGGUCCUGUGGAACCGCAUGCAUGGCAUCUUGUUCACAAGCAGCUUCAAUAGUAUGGUCAUUCAAUGGCAAUAGAGGCUGCUGCACACAUGCCUCGAACGAGAAUUAUUGGUAGCUAGAUCGUCACAAUCUUCAUCAGGGGAGGUGGCUAAGACGCCUGGGGUCUGGGGCCCAGCAAUUUGAACCGACCGAGCUGCUAGGUCACUCCGACAAGUCAUUGACUACCCUUCCACGUGGCAACCAGCGGGAUGAGGGGUUUCCAGCGAUUCUAGAUCCGUCGGAGCUGGAGACGAAGCUCCAACACUGCCAUUGGAGCUGCCCCCAUUGCUGCUGUUGAUAACGAUCGGGGUGGCCUGCCCUCAAAAGGGUGGAGAAACCACCCGAGAUCGAGAUGUCGACGCGAGCGGCGAGAACCACCACCACCAUCAUCUUGGGAGGCAUGCGGUCCUGGAAGUUGAUCACCAAAAUCAUGCACUUCAGUAACGGUGAUGUCGACAGUGUAGGCUAAAGCCCUCUGCACUGGUGGCACAUCAACAUCAUUGAACUCUGUAGGCUCCAUGAUGAGGAGAUCCUUGCAAGAUGGAAUCAACUCCGAGUGGGCAGUCCAGGCAGUAAGGCGAAAAAUAGAGAGAUCAGAACAAUCACGAGUAGAAUGAUGCAAUUGCUCAAUCCAACAAUAAGCACUUAAAAGUUGCACCGCUGAAGCCAUCUCCCAAGCAUGCGCUGGGAUUCCUUGAAGUGACAUCUCAAUCUUAUGGGGUAGAGACUUGCCAACAACAUGAGCCUGUCUUCGCCAAGGUUUGAUCAUGAGCCGAAAUUGCGGAGUACGGAUUGGACAACCGUCGUCUGUUCAUCAGGAAGCAGCAAAAGAAAUUCCUCUGGUUUGGAGUGAUGAAUGGAGAGAAUCAAUGUCGAGAUCAAAUUUGUUCGCAACGGCCAUUGCUGCCUCUAGCGGCGUGACGGAUGGCCUGGUACCGAUGACCAUGACGAAGACCACACGACGUAAACCUUCCUCGACCUCGACAAUGCUCCUUGAACGGUCCAGGACGAACAUAUUUUCGAGGGGGUUGACCAAGCAGGCCAGCUCAGGGCCCUCUAGCAAUGGUUGCGCUGGUGAGGAAGCAAAGGGGCCCAAGCCACGACAUGGGCCACAACCGAGGAGCGAAACUGAGGGUGAACUUUCCACCGUCCUUACAGAUGAUUCCCACAAGUGGCGCCGCCGAGGACCCUAACGAGAGGGGCCCUGCGAACCACCCUGGUCACUGAAGGGAACCAGGAACGCCAUCGGCCAGCUGAUGCACCACGGAAAUAUUGGCACCAGGACGCAGAGAGGGAGCACCUCCCGAGGUAGAGCCUGAGUCCAUUGGCGGCGACAUGCGUCACCAAUCAAACCGCCACCUUCCAGCCAUCGAAUGGUGCGUAUCCAUGGAAGCUGACGGGAGCGAUGAGAACGAUGAGGAAGAACGCCCAGCUGCCUGUGCCCAGGGACAAGACAGCUGAAGCACCUUCCGAGGAUAUCCUCAGGGAUAGGCCAAUGCUGCCGCCGAGGAUGUCGCUGUCGUGAUCUCUUGCUAGCCACUAGUUGCCACCCCUUCUGCGCCUAGACCACGCUCCACCAUGGGAAUGUGGUGUAUCUCAGAGCAGACGAACGGGCGAGGCUUGGGCGGCAGCGCACAAUGACCAAAAGAACACAACACCACCAUGUUGGAAUCCUGCAGCCUUGGGCGGCGAGACUGGCGAAGAGUGCACCCCCAACACUGCGUCACGGUAGGAGGCUGGGGCUGGAACAUGCAACACAUGGCCGAAGCUACCGGACCUAGGGCUUGCGGGGCUAGUGUCGAGCCACCGAAGCUCCUUGGACCAACCAGGGUGAAAGGCGGCGCAUUUGGAGAAAAAGAGGAUCCCGAUGCCCGGGAAGGUGGGGAGGGGGUGUUGCAGGUUCCUUAGGCGGAAGCACGGCUAGAGAGGUGGCCACCAGUCCUAGAAUGAGAGCCGACGUGAGGCUGUGGAGAUGGUGGGUGCCAGAAAGGGUGGAGGCUAGAGGGGAAGCGGAAGCGCUUGGAAUGAGAGCCGGCGUGGCUAUGGAGAUGGUGGGCACCAGAAGGGAAGGAGACUGGAGAGGAAGCGGAAGCAGAAAUGGAAAUGCUUGCCAUUUCGCCCUGAAUCCGAACCUCAUCUCGAACAUUGGACAUUUGGACUUUACCCUACAUGUAUCAAAUUACCACUGCAAAUCCAGCAAAGCGUACUGGCAAAGCUGGAGACUAAGCAGCCAAAAAUGGAAUGGACUUUGGAACAGGUUAUUCCAAGCGUUAGCCAAAAUUCUGCAAGCUGGUUGGGUUGCAUUUGCCCAGGAACUGUUAGACUUGAAACAGAGACGAGCAGGUGGAUCUGAGCAGGCAAAUGAUGCUCGUGAGUCUACUAUAUCAAUGCCUUACAGAAUACAACGAAUUGAGGAUUUUGUUGGGCAACUCGAGUCCGGUGAUCUGAAACUCAGGGUCAGAGUACUUGAGUCAGAACGAGCUGCUCGGAAAGCUAAGGUACUUCAGAUGGCAACCAUGUAUACAGCCUUGGGUGGUACUCUCUUGAAUGUCGGGGUCACAAUGAAUAGCCAAGGGAACCAAACAAUCGCAAAUGGUUCUUUCAUUGGUGCAGGCAUUUUUUUGGCAUUACUGAUCAGAUCUAUGCAAAGAGUGAAGAAACUUGACAAAUUCGAGACCAUGAUAUGAUCGUCUUGUAAAGACGUGGAAUCACUGGAAGCUCAUGUCCUGUAUUGUAGGAGCAUGGCAUGUGAACAAAACACUCCGUAAAGAAAUUUAAUGGUUCAUAGUCUAUACAUAGUUUAUGUUGGAAAUACCAUUAUUUUUUAAUAAUGACAUUAGCUUGUCGCACUUGUAAAUCUGUACAAAUUGCAUCAGUCUUCAGCCCACAAGGCUAAUCAUACCAACCAGUCGAC